AUGGCGCAAGCGGGUCCGAUCACGGACGUCACUCAACGUCUCUUCGUAGAGUUGAAGUCCAAGAAUGAGGAGACGCGGGUGAGAGCUGCUUACGAGCUUUACGACAAUGUCCUUGCCAUCUCACGAGAUUGGCCUCCCGAGAAAUUCCUAGAGUUCUAUAAUGCAGUCAGUCAACGUAUUGCGCAACUCGUCGUCACUGGUAGCGACGCCAACGAAAGAAUCGGUGGUCUACUGGCCCUCGAUCGCCUGAUAGAUUUCGACGGUGUGGAUAAUGCACAAAAGACGACACGAUUCGCUAGUUACCUCCGCAGCGCCCUUCGCAGCAACGAUAAUGUGGUGUUGGUUUACGCCGCCAGGGCCCUUGGCCGUUUGGCUAAGCCAGGUGGAGCUCUAACGGCGGAACUUGUCGAGAGUGAAAUUCAGUCGGCGCUCGAAUGGCUCCAGUCUGAAAGACAAGAAAACAGGCGGUUUGCCGCGGUUCUUGUGAUUCGAGAGCUUGCGAAGGGCUCACCAACACUCCUUUAUGGCUUCGUCCCUCAGAUCUUUGAACUCAUCUGGGUGGCGCUUCGCGACCCUAAAGUCGUCAUCCGGGAGACAGCGGCCGAGGCUGUUAGCGAGUGCUUCGAGAUCAUCGCCGCAAGAGAUAUCCAAGUCCGGCAACUGUGGUUCUCGCGAAUCCACGAGGAAGCGCUUCAGGGUCUGAAAUCGAACAACAUUGACUGGAUACAUGGUUCGCUCUUGGUGCUGAAGGAGCUCCUCCUAAAGGGCGCCAUGUUCAUGAAUGAACACUACAGAAACGCAUGUGAAAUUGUUCUUCGUCUCAAAGAUCAUCGCGACCCUAAGAUCCGCACGCAAGUUGUGCUCACGAUCCCCAUCCUGGCCUCCUACGCCCCCGUCGAUUUUACCGAGAUCUACCUCCACCGGUUUAUGAUCUAUCUGCAAGCGCAGUUGAAGAGAGAUAAGGAACGAAAUGCGGCAUUCAUUGCUAUCGGCAAAAUUGCCAACGCAGUCGGCGGCGCUAUUGCCCAGUAUCUCGAUGGUAUUAUUGUUUACAUCCGGGAGGGGUUGGCACUGAAAGCGCGAAAUCGCGCGGGCGUCAAGGAAGCGCCGAUGUUUGAAUGCAUCAGUAUGCUAUCACUGGCCGUUGGACAAGCUCUCAGCAAAUACAUGGAAGACUUGCUCGAUCCGAUAUUUGCUUGUGGACUGAGCGAGUCGUUGACUCAAGCCCUGGUAGACAUGGCCCAUUACAUCCCUCCGAUCAAACCUACUAUUCAGGAGAAGCUCCUGGACAUGCUAAGUUUGAUCCUUUAUGGCGCCCCGUUCAGACCGCUUGGGUGCCCAGAGAGCAGACUACCUCCAAUGCCAUCAUUCGCAAAGGAUUUCAGCCCACAGGAGUUACACUCUGAUGCGGAAAUAGCACUCGCUCUCCAUACAUUGGGAAGCUUCGAUUUCUCAGGCCACAUUCUGAACGAAUUUGUUCGCGAUGUCGCUAUCAACUACGUCGAGAACGACAACCCCGAGAUCCGGAAGGCUUCAGCGCUUACAUGCUGUCAAUUAUUUGUUCAUGACCCAAUUAUCAACCAGACCAGCAGUCAUUCGAUACAGGUUGUAAGCGAGGUCAUCGAGAAAUUGCUUACUGUCGGUGUUGGCGAUCCGGACCCUGAAAUUCGGCGCACAGUCUUGUGGUCCUUGGAUCGCAAAUUCGACCGUCACCUCGCGCGGCCAGAAAACAUCCGCUGCUUGUUCCUGGCGGUUAACGACGAGGUCUUCUCUGUCAGAGAGGCUGCCAUCUGCAUUAUUGGUCGUCUCUCGAGUGUGAACCCUGCUUACGUUUUCCCACCCUUGCGCAAGUUGCUUGUGAACCUCUUGACAGGUCUUGGGUUUGCUAGCACUGCACGUCAGAAAGAGGAAACAGCGCAAUUGAUCAGUCUUUUUGUUUCGAAUGCCACGAAACUUAUCCGGUCAUAUGUUGACCCUAUGGUGACGACUUUGCUCCCAAAGGCGACAGAUGCAAACCCCGGGGUCGCCUCGACCACCCUUAGGGCUGUUGGUGAAUUAGCCAGCGUCGGGGGAGGUGAGAUGAAGUUAUAUCUACCUCAGCUCAUGCCGAUCAUCUUGGAUGCGUUGCAAGAUCUUUCGUCCCACUCCAAGCGUGAGGCCGCGCUGCGAACCCUGGGCCAGCUUGCCAGCAAUUCUGGAUACGUCAUUGACCCAUACCUUGAGUAUCCUCAUCUACUGGCGGUCCUCAUCAACAUCAUAAAAACGGAGCAGACUGGUUCUCUUCGCAAGGAGACGAUCAAGCUGCUGGGAAUCUUGGGUGCAUUGGAUCCCUAUAAGUAUCAGCAGAUAAGCGAGUCAACACCGGACGUCCAUCACAUCAAUGAAGUGCAGAAUGUGUCCGAUGUGGCGCUCAUUAUGCAGGGGCUUACUCCUUCAAAUGAAGAGUAUUACCCAACUGUUGUCAUCAACACCCUGAUGCAAAAUAUCUUGCGCGAGAACUCUCUCGCUCAGUACCACUCCGCCGUCAUCGAAGCCAUUGUCAUUAUCUUCAAGACAUUAGGCUUGAAGUGUGUCCCAUUCCUUGGACAGAUUAUCCCUGGAUUCAUUGCGGUCAUAAGAGGUUCGCCUCCGAGCCGAUUGGAUUCUUAUUUCAACCAAAUGGCGAUUCUGGUCAACAUCGUCCGGCAACACAUUAGGGCCUUUCUCCCGGAGAUUAUCGAAGUUAUCCGCGAUUUCUGGGAUGCGACGUAUCAAGUCCAGGCGACAAUACUCUCCCUUGUGGAGGCCAUUUCGAAGUCUCUAGAAGGAGAGUUCAAAAAAUAUCUUGCAGGGCUCAUUCCACCUAUGCUUGAUACCCUAGAGAAGGACAAUACACCACGUCGGCAGCCUUCAGAGAAAAUCCUCCAUGCUUUCUUGGUAUUUGGCACCAGCGCGGAGGAGUACAUGCACUUGAUUGUCCCGUCCAUCGUUCGCCUUUACGAUAAAGCCCAGAAUCCACAGAGCAUCCGGAAGUCCGCCAUUGACAGUCUUACGAAGCUCUCCCGCCAAGUGAACGUUUCUGACUUUGCAUCCUUGAUGGUGCAUUCCUUGUCUCGGGUAGUUGCGGGCAACGACCGUCUGUUACGACAAGCUGCCAUGGACUGCAUUUGUGCUCUGAUCUUCCAACUCGGCCAAGACUUCAAUCACUACACCCAUCUUCUGAACAAAGUCUUAAAGCACAAUCAAGUCAACCAUGUCAACUACCAAAUUUUAGUGGCAAAGUUACAGAAAGGCGAUCCCCUUCCACAGGAUCUGAAUCCCGAGGAGUCACAUGAUUUGAAUGAUGACAGUACCAUUCCGGACAUCGGCCAGAAGAAAAUGGUCGUCAACCAGCAGCAUUUGAAGAAUGCUUGGGACGCUUCUCAAAAGUCAACUCGUGAAGACUGGCAGGAAUGGAUCCGGCGAUUCAGCGUGGAGCUGCUGAAAGAAUCACCGUCGCCAGCCCUGCGUGCAUGCGCAAGUCUUGCUGGUAUCUACCAACCGCUGGCAAGGGACUUGUUCAAUGCAGCUUUCGUGUCCUGCUGGACCGAAUUGUACGACCAGUACCAAGAAGAACUUGUCAGGUCUAUAGAAAAGGCGCUCACAUCCCCGAAUAUCCCGCCAGAGAUUUUGCAGGUUCUCCUCAAUCUUGCCGAGUUCAUGGAGCAUGAUGACAAGGCGCUUCCCAUCGACAUUCGCACACUCGGAAAAUACGCAGCCAAGUGUCACGCCUUCGCCAAGGCCCUCCACUACAAGGAACUCGAGUUCGAGCAAGACCAAAACUCGGGCGCUGUGGAAGCUUUGAUUACUAUCAAUAAUCAGCUCCAGCAGUCUGAUGCUGCUAUUGGUAUUCUCAGGAAAGCACAAGCUUAUCGCGACGUGGAGCUGAAGGAAACCUGGUUCGAAAAAUUGCAACGCUGGGAGGAAGCACUUGCUGCAUACAAGCGGCGAGAGAAAAUCGAUCCAGAAUCCUUCGGUGUGACAAUGGGCAAGAUGCGCUGUCUACAUGCUCUCGGCGAGUGGAAGGUUCUCUCUGACCUCGCGCAAGAGAAAUGGAACCAGGCGUCCUUGGAGCAUCGUCGGGCUAUUGCUCCUUUGGCAGCGGCGGCUGCUUGGGGUCGCGGCCAGUGGGAGCUGAUGGACUCUUAUCUCGGUGUCAUGAAGGAACAGUCGCCUGACAGAUCAUUCUUCGGUGCUAUUCUCGCUAUUCACCGCAAUCAAUUCGAAGAGGCAGGGAUGUACAUCGAGAAGGUACGCAAUGGCCUCGACACUGAACUGUCAGCUUUGCUUGGGGAGUCAUAUAAUCGUGCCUACGAUGUGGUCGUUCGUGUUCAGAUGCUUGCUGAAUUGGAGGAGAUCAUUGCAUACAAGCAGAACGUCGGGGAUCCAGAAAAACAGGAAGCGAUGCGCCAGACAUGGAACAAACGACUUCUUGGGUGCCAACAGAACAUUGAAGUAUGGCAACGCAUGCUCAAGGUCAGAGCACUCGUCACAUCUCCUCGCGAAAAUCUGGAUAUGUGGAUCAAAUUCGCCAACCUGUGCCGUAAAUCCAACCGCAUGGGUUUGGCCGAACGAUCUCUAGCAUCAUUGGAGACGGUCGUGUCAGACACGAACGGGACACGGGCUGUUGCUCCGCCAGAAGUUACGUAUGCUCGGCUGAAGUUCAACUGGGCUACAGGACACCAACGCGAAGCCCUCCAGAUGCUGAAGGAAUUCACAGCAACACUUACUGAAGACUUGACGCGCUUUAACGCGAUCAUGAUGUCUCAACCGGACCAUAACGGAAUCAAUGGUAUCAAUGGUGUGAACGGCAUUGCUGACGUGAAUCAUACGGAUAUAAUGGGACUGCGUGAGCGGAUUGGCGAUGUGGCAAAAUUCAGAAAGCUUCUGGCCAAGAGCUAUCUUCGUCAAGGCGAGUGGCAGACCGCGUUGCAACGGGGUGACUGGAAACCGGAGCAUGUGCGGGAAGUCCUCGGCGCAUAUGCCGCUGCCACGAAGUACAACCGUGACUCCUACAAAGCCUGGCAUUCAUGGGCACUGGCGAACUUCGAAGUGGUCACCACGAUUGCUAGCCAAGCGAGCAGAGAUGGUGCUUCGAUGGCCAUGGUACCGGGCCAUAUCGUUACAGAACAUGUCAUUCCUGCCAUUCGUGGCUUCCUCCGCUCUAUCGCGUUAUCGUCAACAUCGUCAUUGCAAGACACGCUGAGGUUUCUCACACUGUGGUUUACCCAUGGUGGUGAUCAGGAAGUCAAUGCUGUGGUUACCGAAGGCUUUACUGCUGUGAAUAUUGAUACCUGGCUCGCGGUCACUCCCCAGCUUAUCGCACGGAUCAACCAGCCUAACAUCAGAGUUCGAAGCGCCGUCCACCGCCUCCUCGCCGAAGUCGGAAAGGCCCAUCCCCAGGCACUGGUAUAUCCAUUGACUGUCGCGAUGAAGUCCAAUGUUGCUCGACGAUCACAGUCCGCGACUAGUAUCAUGGAUAGCAUGCGCCAGCAUAGUGCACGACUUGUUGAACAAGCGGAUCUUGUUAGCCACGAGCUGAUCCGGGUCGCAGUCUUGUGGCACGAGCUUUGGCACGAGGGAUUGGAAGAAGCCUCACGCCUCUACUUUGGAGACCACAAUGUCGAGGGAAUGUUUGCGACUCUCGCACCCCUUCAUGAAAUGCUCGACCGAGGAGCGGAGACGUUGCGUGAGGUCUCGUUUGCCCAAGCGUUUGGCCGCGACCUUGCUGAGGCCAAGCAUUAUUGCAUGCUCUACCGUGAGACUGAAGAGAUUGGGGACCUGAAUCAAGCCUGGGACCUGUAUUACACCGUGUUCCGCAAGAUCAGCCGACAGCUACCGCAGUUGUCGACGCUCGAUCUGAAGUAUGUGUCCCCUAAACUAAAGGAUUGCUCGGACCUUGAUCUUGCCGUCCCUGGAACUUACCAGAGCGGUCGACCGAUUAUACGAAUCCUUAGCUUCGAUCCUAUAUUGCACGUGCUGCAGACGAAGAAGCGCCCGCGGAGAAUGACGCUCAAGGGAAGUGAUGGAAACUCCUACAUGUAUGCCCUCAAAGGUCACGAAGAUAUCCGACAAGAUGAGAGAGUCAUGCAAUUGUUCGGUCUGGUGAACACUCUUCUCGAUAAUGACGGAGAGAGCUUCAAGCGGCACCUAUCGGUGCAACGAUUCCCUGCCAUUCCCCUCUCUCAGAACUCUGGUAUUAUAGGAUGGGUGUGCAACAGUGACACUCUGCAUGCCCUCAUCAAGGAGUACCGUGAGAGUCGCCGCAUUCUGUUGAACAUUGAGCAUCGAAUCAUGCUGCAGAUGGCUCCCGAUUACGACAACCUGACUUUGAUGCAGAAGGUCGAAGUGUUUGGAUAUGCCAUGGACAAUACGACCGGAAAGGAUCUGUACCGCGUCUUGUGGCUAAAGAGUAAGAGCUCUGAGUCUUGGCUUGAGCGACGCACAAAUUACACUCGAUCCCUGGGCGUUAUGUCUAUGGUGGGCUACAUUCUGGGGCUGGGUGAUCGCCAUCCGUCCAAUCUGCUGCUCGAUCGAAUCACCGGCAAGGUCGUCCACAUUGAUUUCGGUGAUUGCUUUGAGGUCGCAAUGCACCGAGAGAAGUAUCCUGAGCGGGUUCCAUUCCGACUGACGCGUAUGUUGACCUUCGCGAUGGAAGUCAGCAACAUUGAGGGUAGCUACCGCAUUACGUGUGAAGCAGUGAUGCGUGUUCUGAGGGAAAACAAGGAUUCGCUCAUGGCGGUUCUGGAAGCUUUCAUUCAUGAUCCGUUGAUCAACUGGCGUCUCGGAAUCCGCGAAUCUCCUGAUCGUAUGCCGUUCUCCUCAGAGCGUCGGCAGUCCGUGGUUACCAACGUCAACAUCGAGCAUGGUGUCCAGCCCAGCAAUUUCUCUCGUCACCGCCGACCAUCUAUCCUGGAAGGCGGCAUUCUGGAUGCACAAGAGGGCAUUCCCAACGAAGCCCGUGAAGCACAGAAUGCACGGGCUCUCCAGGUGCUUGCGCGCGUCAAGGAAAAGCUAACCGGCCGGGAUUUCAAGCCCACCGAAGAGCUGAAUAUCAGUGAACAGGUGGACAAGCUUCUGGCUCAAGCCACGAGUGUGGAGAACAUCUGCCAGCACUGGAUUGGAUGGUGCAGUUUCUGGUGA